AUGUCAGGUCGGGUCCCGUCCAUUGCUUGCAUUGGCGUUGUCGGCAAGCACAACAACCCACUGCACAUCUCCCUCUUUCCAGCAGAAGAGCGUGCGCCACUAGAGUUUCAGUUCCUUCUUUCAUCAUGUUUGGACAUCUUCGAGGCUCGUCUGCCGCAUAAGACAGCAGACCAGGAUUUUGGCCUUUUGCAAGCAGUCGAUGAGAGACUAGCUAUGUAUGGCUGGCUCACCAACACUGGUAUCAAAUUUAUUAUUGUCGUGGAUAUGGAGGGAAAACCAGCCAAUCCCCUCGAUAACAAGUCUGCUGCUGCUGUUGGGCUGCGAGAUGCAGACAUGAAACCUGCAUUCAGAGCAUUGCAGACGGCGUACAUAAAGCUGCUCAGGAAUCCGUUCUACGACCCUGAUGAACAUUCUCCAAUCACUGCCAAUUCUGAGCAAAGGAUUGGCUCAACUCAGAUUACAAGCCGAAAGUUUAUUCAAGAAGUCAAACGGAUUGCUGAUGCAUGGUCUCCCGGUGUUAUGAGUAUUUAA